GGACGAUCCUGUGGCAGUAUGGGUCCUGAUACGUCUCUGAAUACGGGCUUGUUGACCCGUUAAUCAUUCUAAUGGAGGACUUCGCUCAAAGGAUGAUACCAUAUAACAUGCCAUCUACUCCGUACUUCGAAGUGUUUUCGGCCUGAACUCUCCAUUGAUAACGGGAUCACAAUUUCGAAUAUAAAUUUUUCGAACACUGAGCUGACAAUCUCAACCUUGAUAAUCUGGAAUUGAUUUACCUAUCCUUGAUUGAUCCAACAUGGGCGAGUUCACUAUUUCCUCACAAUUCCAGGAUGAAUUGGUACCCGUAUGCCACAUCGUAACUCCAGUCGGAAUGCUUGGGUAUGGAUUCAACGAGCAGCAGACAAGGAGUGAUGUCCAGCGAUACUCUUCGACAAACGUCCCGACCGCGAUAAUUCUAGACUCGGGUUCGACAGACAGUGGCCCGGACAAGUUGGCACUGGGGACCAUGACAUGUCCUCGCUCUUCUUACGCACGCGACCUGACCAAGCUGCUCCGUUUGGUGAACGAAUUCAAGGUACCUUUAAUCUUUAGUUCAGCUGGAGGGGAUGGGAGUGACGAGCAUGUUCGGGAGAUGGUGCAAGUCAUUGAAGAAAUCUGUGAUAAACCAGGCAACGAACAAUACCGCUUCAAGGUUAUAUCAAUAUAUUCUGAACUAGAGAAAUCCCUCGUAUUUGAUAGUUUGCAAGCGGGCGCCAUAACUGGUUGUGGCACAGUAGUUCCGGCAUUGCAAAAGGAAGACAUUGAGUCAGUACCGAGAAUAGUCUCCCAGAUGGGCCUGGAGCCUUUCUUAGAUGCCAUGAAUGCAAAUCCUGAUUUCAACAUUAUUGUUGGUGGUCGUGCCUACGACCCCUCGCCCUACGUAGCAUAUGCUGCAUUUGCAUCGAAAACACGCCCGAGUGCGACGACAACACUGGCAUCGCAAAAGCUUUGGGGAGGCUUCACACAUAUGGGGAAGAUCAUGGAAUGCGGCGGUGCUUGCGCGAAACCAAAGUCCUCCGGAGCCAGUGCAACAGUGUACGCUGAUGGCACGUUCGAUAUCUCACCUAGCGACCCGAAUGCGCGAUGUACUUCGACUUCGGUAGCCGCGCAUGGACUAUACGAGAAGAGUAGGCCGGAUAUUCUGAGCGGGCCCGGAGGCUAUCUAGAUCUGAAAGCAACCACCUUUGAGGAACUGCCUGACGGUCGCACUCUCCGCGUCAGAGGUGCAUUGUUCACGUUUUCAAGAGACGUUGGAACGAAGUAUCAGAUAAAGUUGGAAGCGGCGAGUGUAAUUGGUUAUCGAGCUAUGUACAUGGGGAGUAUGAAAGACCCAAUUCUAAUCGGGCAACUGGAUUCAUUCUUAAGUCGUAUAAAAGCGUAUGUGAAAAUGCAGCACGAGGAUGUAGAUGGAAGCUGGGAACUCGACUUCCAUACUUAUGGAAGAGACCAAGUAUCAUCAGUCAAAGAUAAGUUGGGUGAACUAUCAGAGAUUUUCUUGGUCGGCGAAGCGUUAGCAGACUCUCAAGAUCUGGCUGCCAGCGUCGUCAGUACAGCUAGAAUUGCUACCAUUCACGGAAGCUAUCUAGACCAGAAAGCUACGUCCGGAAAUCUUGCCUUCGGUAUUGGUGGAAAGACUUGCAUUGAGUUGGGGCCAUGUUCGAAGUUCUCGAUAUAUCAUUUAAUGGACAUUGAGGAAGGGGAAGAGAGACUUCGGAAAGAGGCAGUAGGAAAAGGCUUGUUCCAAGCCUCGACUAAAACCGUUGGAAUAGGGAAGAUAGUGCCCGCCGAUGUGUCAUCAUCUAAUGGCGUUGCUAUACAACAAGUAACAGUUAAGGCAAGAGCAAGCAGUCCAGCGAAAGGCGAAUCGACCUCGAAGAUUUCACGACAUAAAACCCCUACAACGUUGGAUGACUUGGCGAGCGUCUUACGGUCCAAGAACUCCGGCCCUUAUGAGAUUACAUUCGACAUUCUAUUCGAUGACAAGGAAAGAUUCGAGCUCGUGAAGAGAUCUAACCUCUUGAAUGAUACUGUGAUCUCGAGAGUACUUGCAACAGAGGAGAAGAACAUCAUCUGGAGCGGAUUUUUCGACCAAGCCCUGGCCUAUAAGGUGACCAUCCCAAGGACUAGGAAAGGCAAGGUUGAACCCAAUGGUGGUUAUAUGGAGAACGACGUACAUGGUUCGCAGAAAUACCUGGGAUUGCUGAACAUGAAGCUACCUGAAGAUCUUAGUUUGAGCCUUGGGGGACCGAGAUAG